CAAGGAGGCGUCCAGCAGGUCAAACUGCCUUGGGGACGAUCUCGCGUCUUCCGGCGCGUUUUUCCGGCCCCGCGAUAUCGGCGAUCCCUCCGCUCUGGGGAAAAAAAGUGCCAUAAGAUAGCUUCGUGGAUACCGCCGUCUACUUGCUUCUUCUGGUCUUGUGGACGACUCAUGGCUAGUCUCUCCUUGACAAUCUCUUGCUGACCGGGAAUCUCGCAGCAGGAAGGGCGAAACGUUGGCACAAUUGACUGACUGGCGGAGAGAGACAGAGAGCUAAGAUCUCCGGCUUCCGUCCGAUUGUGAAUCAUAGCUAUAUCUUUCCAUUGAUUUCCCGAGCUUAGCUUGAGCCUGCAGACCAAUUGUCCCUACCCCAGCUUCCUGCCAUUGGCUCUUACCACGCCCAUGGUGAAGACAACAAGCUCGACGGCCACAAUGGCCGUCUUUGCCCGCAUGGCAAAGGGCCAGGUCCGCUAUUACUCUGCUCCAUUGGACAUGGUGAUCCCCGAAUCGAAGAAGAAGUAUAUUCCUACUUCAGGCACCUAUCCCAAGGGCUUCUCCGUCUCCGGAACGUACGUCGGCGUGAAGGCCUCGAAUACCAAGUUUCCGGACCUUGCCCUCAUCGCCUCGGACACACCUUGCUCUGCUGCCGCUGUGUUUACUACAAAUAAGUUCCAGGCUGCUCCGGUCCAGGUCAGCAAGGAGGUUCUGGAGAAGCGCCAGGGUCAGGGCAUUCGAUCUGUCGUUAUCAAUUCUGGCUGUGCCAAUGCGGUCACCGGUAGAGGAGGUUAUGAAGACGCUGUCAGCAUGGGAGCCACGGUUGACAAAUGCUAUGGUCUCAAUGAGCCAAGUACUUUGGUCAUGAGCACCGGUGUUAUUGGUCAGAGACUUCCCAUUGACAAGAUCCUCAACAAGAUCCCAACCGCGCACUCCAAUCUGUCCUCGACUCACGAUGCCUGGCUCAGCACUGCCCGCGCCAUCUGCACCACCGAUACCUUCCCCAAGCUCCUCUCCCGAACGUUCACUCUGCCGUCCUCCCCCGGUCGAACCUACAGUCUGGCCGGCAUGACCAAGGGUGCCGGUAUGAUCCACCCGAACAUGGCUACUCUGCUAGGCGUCCUCUGCACCGACGCCCCCAUCGUCCCUUCCGCGCUGAAGUCCCUCCUCUCGCACGCCGUCUCCCGAUCCUUCAACUCGAUCUCCGUCGACGGCGACACCAGCACCAACGACACCGUCGCCCUCCUCGCCAACGGCCGCGGCGGCGGCGCUCCCAUCAACUCCACCUCCUCAGACGACUACGCCGCCAUGCAGGAGAUCCUGACCUCGUUCGCGCAGUCUCUCUCCCAGCUCGUCGUCCGUGACGGCGAAGGCGCCACAAAGUUCGUCACCGUCCGCAUCCAGAACUCUCCCGACUAUGAAUCCGCUCGGAUCAUCGCAUCCACCAUCGCCCGGUCCCCACUCGUCAAAACGGCCCUCUACGGCCGCGAUGCUAACUGGGGCCGUAUUCUAUGUGCGAUUGGAUACGCGCAGGGCGUUGCCCCCGGUACUGUUAUCCCGGAGCGCACCAGUGUUAGUUUCAAGCCCGUUGACGGAAGUCCGAUCCUGAAGCUGCUUGUGAAUGGAGAGCCUGAGACCGUGGACGAGGCGCGCGCCAGUGCUAUUUUGCAGGCGGAGGAUCUGGAGAUUGUUGUUGACCUGGGUGGUGGUGAGAAGGGUGAUCAGGGCCGAGGUGGUGAGGAGGCGGUUUACUGGUUCUGCGAUUUUAGUCAUGAGUAUGUGACUAUCAAUGGCGAUUACAGAACUUAAAAUGUUACGUUGGAGAGAAUAGAAAGGCAGCCUGUUUUAUACCCGCGCCUGAAAUCGUUUGUGGAUAUUACUACUAGAAAGAAUAUAAAUAAAG